AUGUCAGGCGCGGCGCAGGGUUCUGUUGUGCUCUUGCCGGGUUGCCCCGACCUCUUGGAGUGGGGUUACGAAGCGGUUCUCCAGGUGUUCGGGCUUUCUGGUGGAGAACUCCGCUUUUAUCAGUCCGGGAUUGCCAAAGCGAUAUGUCAGCGCACAGAUGUGGAACUGUGGGAUAUCUGGGUCACCUUCCUUGUGCCAUUUGAAUUGAGUGAUCUGCGCGUGGUUGCAGCAUUCCGAGGUCUCACCACGAUUCUGACCAUUUAUGCGCUCACGGGCGAUGACUUUCGUAUCAUUUUCACUGAGAAGCCAGCAGAUCUGUGGUUCAAUUGCUGUGAUGUGACCACCACCUACACCUCUUGCGCUCCAACCUUCCGGCUCACUGAGUCUGACUAUUGGCUCGGGUUCUUCUUUAUUCUGGACCUUGUGUCAACCGUCACCUUGGUGCUAGAUCUCACUUGGAUCAAUGAUCUUCUAGCUGGAAACGGUGAUAGCAGCUCCCUUCGCAGUGGCAGGACUGCGCGGAUUGGCGCGAAAGCUGCCAGGAUGAUCCGCGUUUUGAGACUAGUGAGAAUCCUCAAGCUCUACAAAGCCUUAUACGAGGCUGGUCGAGAAAGAGCGAGGCGGAAACAACAAGCCGCUUUGAGGGCGACCGCCAAGGGCGAAGAUGAUGAGUGGGAUGAACAGGAUGAUGAAGCGCUUGUAGAUGCCGAAGAGACGGCGGUGCAGAACCAAGCGGGUCAGGAAUCUACCCUGGGCAAAAAGUUGUCGGAGAUGACCACGCGUCGUGUGAUCAUUCUGAUCCUGGCGAUGAUGGUCAUCUUGCCGUUGCUUCAAGUAGAUGACUUCACUGAAUCUCCUUUCUCCGCUGAGUAUGGUGCUGACCAAGUCAUGGAGUCCUUUAAGGACUAUGACGCGUCGGGCAGCAUCACAGAUAGAGCAAGAUAUUGGCAUUCCAUGUUGACCUACGUCUACUACCACAAUUGGUAUGCUGGCAAGGGCCUGCAGAGCUUUUGCCGGUACUCCGAGACGGUCUCCUGCUCCAAUGGCUUCUGGGCACACUUGUACUUUGUGGGCAUUCGUGGCAACAACGAGAGCCUCGUCACUGGAAAGGCUGGCAAAGCGAGACUCAACUUCACCGUGGUGGAAAGCUUCGACAGAAUGUCGGAGGCAGAGCCCGCCGCGAUCUAUAACCUGGGUUCCUUGCCGACCAGAGCGCAGGAGCUCUUAGCAGCUGAGUGGAACACAGACUGCCCGGUCACUACUGGGUCAUACCUGAAAGGUGUGUCCAUCAUUGCGGAAGAGCUGGCGGGUGUCUCCUACGUCGUGGCUUGUCCCCAGGACCUUCGCGUCACGGAGUCCUUGCGCUACUCUCCCGUGUGGCAGACGAGAUCGGCCUUUGACGAGUGGCGCUUCGAGUUUUAUUUCGAUGUCAGGCCCUUCAACACAGAAACAGCGAUUUUCAGCCUUGCGACCACCAGCUUCGUGCUAGUGCUGCUAUUGGCUGGGUCAUUGAUGUUCUCCAGAGAUGCAAACCGGCUGAUCGUGAACCCGGUGGAGCAAAUGAUCCGGCGGGUGAAGGAAAUUCGUGACAAUCCACUCAUUGCAAUGCAGAUGGCGGAUGACGAGUUCAAACUAGAGGAGCUGCGGAAGUACCGGCAAAAACGCCAGGGUGCUGUCAGCUUUGUCCUCCUGCAGAUGUUUCACGGUUCCGCCCUCGGCUUUCAGCGUGUAUAUGUGGAGCUGAUGACCGGCCAGUACAAUCAUUGGGGUGGCAGGACCAGAACAGCAGGACCACUACGACCUCAGGGGAUUCAAGCUUUGGCUCGAGCUCCAUGUGCCAUGGAGGAUGACGAUUUGCCGCCCUUGGUUGGAGAAGAUGGAGAAGAGUUGAGCGAGCCCAGCGCCCAUUGGGACACUGCAGAUCCGGGGGAUCGGGCAGAAACAGCAGGUGCUGCAGCCAGUGCUGGGGCAAGUGCAGCAAAUGCCAGCACUGCUGCCGAGCCGGACGACGAUGAUGAGGAAGAGGCAAUGGUGGCUGAGCAGCUACGCCGUGUCGCCGUACAGCAAGCUGCUGCGCAGCAGGGAGAGGAGGUUUCGGCCACCGACGCCCUGCGAGCUGCCAUGAAGGAGGCAGAAGAGGUGAAGGCUCCAUAUAAGGAGCCAGACGAGCGGACGAAGCGAAUGGUGCAGGCCAUUGGAAAGGAUGACUUUGAGGAGUGUGAGGAUGCCAUUAUGCAAGGUGCAGAUGUGAAUGCCGACUGCGGCGCUGGCAUGUGUGCUCUUCACAUUUCCGCCCUGAGAGGUGAGAUCUUCCUCACUGAGCUUCUCAUUGCCCAUGGUGCCAACAUCAAUCAGCGCGACAUGAGUGGCAACACGCCUCUGCUGUAUGCGUGUCAUUUUUAUCGCCAGCAUGGCAGAGGGGUGCAGCUUUGCGCACAAUUGCUGUUUCACAAAGCUGAUCCACACUUUAGAGUGAAGGAUGGAAAGCUAGCGGGAAAGAGCGCAUUGGACUUGAUGGACAAGGCUUGCAAUGAGCCUAACACCGACGAAAAUGUGCCCAGGCAGAUGAAAGCAAUGCUGCAGUUAGCCUUGGAGGGUUCUGAAGCUUGCCUAGAAGCGAUCACCAAGAUGUGGGUGUCGAUUAAGUCGCAGCCGCAGAAUAAGAAACUCUUCCAAGUCUCCUCCAAAAAAGACAAUUUUGAUUAUGCCAUGAAGAGUAUCGACUGGGCCGAUGAAUUGAAGUCUGGUUAUGCUCCGGUGAAGUUGGAUGUGCAGUCCGACUGCAUCUUGGAGGAGAAGUUCACUAUUUUAAAGGACUACCUCUUCAACGACGAAGGCGAUAAAGUGAAGGUCUAUGUCACCUUUCCUGAGGCUGUCCCUGUUGACCUUGGGAAGGAAAACUUGGAUGUGAGCUUCGAGUACCAAGCCUUUGAUCUGAAGCUGCGAACUGCCAAUGAAAGCUUCAGACUGAGGAUUGAGCCACUCUUCGGCAGCAUCGAUGUGGAUCAGUGCAAGCAUCGAGCCUCGCAGGGCUCCCGAAAAGUGACGCUGACCCUCACUAAGCGGCACAAGAACCGCACCUGGACGACCCUGCAGAAGGCCAGAUAGCCAGGUGGCCAGGAUGAACGAAAAGAGACGUUGGAGAGAAAAUGCGGCGGAUAAAAAA